GGCCCGGCCCGGGGCUGAGCGGGGCCUGGCGGGGGGAGGCCGGGCGCUGCAGCCCCCGCGGGGCAGCCCAGCCCCGCUCCGCUCCGCUCCGCUCCGCCGGUGGGGCCCGAAGAUGCGGCGGUACCUGCCGGUGGCCCGGCAGCACUUCCUGGCGGCUCUGGCCGGCACCAGCGUGGUGGUGAAGUCGCUGAGCGGCGCCGCGCUCCUGCUGUACCUGCUGUCCUUCGGCGUGGACACGGCCUACGGGCUGGGGGUGACCCCCGGCUACCUCCUGCCCCCCAACUUCUGGGUGUGGACGCUGCUGACGCACGGGCUGGUGGAGCAGCGCGCCUGGGGCCUGGCGGCCAGCCUGGCCACGCUGGGGGCGGCCGGGCGCCUGCUGGAGCCCCUCUGGGGGGCCCUGGAGCUGCUCGUCUUCUUCGCGGUGGUGAACGUCUCGGUGGGGCUCCUGGCGGCGCUCGCCUACUUCCUCACCUACGUGGCCUCCUUCCACCUCGCCUACCUGUUCGCCGUCCGCAUCCACGGCGGGCUGGGCUUCCUCGGGGGAGUCUUGGUGGCCCUCAAGCAGACGAUGGGGGACAGCACGGUGCUGAAGGUGCCCCAGGUCAGGAUGAAGGCGGUCCCCGUGCUCCUGCUCCUUCUCCUGGCUCUGCUGCGGCUCGCUGCGCUCGUCGAGAGCAAUGUACUGGCCUCGUACGGCUUCGGGCUCCUCUCCGGCUGGGUCUAUCUCCGCUUCUACCAGCGGCACAGUAGAGGCCGCGGAGACAUGUCCGACCACUUCGCCUUCGCCACUUUCUUCCCCGAGAUCCUGCAGCCCGUGGUGGGUCUGGUGGCCAACCUGGUUCACAGCAUCCUGGUGAAGGUGAAGGUCUGCCGCAAGACAGUCAAACGCUACGAUGUGGGUGCCCCGUCGUCCAUCACCAUCAGCCUGCCGGGGACAGACCCCCAGGACGCCGAGAGGAGAAGGCAGCUGGCCCUGAAGGCCCUGAACGAGCGGCUGAAGCGAGUGGAGGACCAGUCAGCCUGGCCCAGCAUGGAGGAUGACGAGGAGGAAGUGACAGUCAAGGCUGAGAGCCCACUGCUGCCUGACCCCAGCGCAGCCGGGAAGGGCUCCAGCCAGGAGUCCAACCUCAUCACCUUCCAGGAUGCCCCGGCACAGCUGUGACCGGCUGACACGCCGCCCCCUUCCCGGCCCGGUCUCUGUUGGAGAGCUGCUGACCCUCAUUGUGCCCCCCACCGCCGGGGUGCUUGGUGGGCGCGGGGACUCCUCCGGCGGCAGAGGCAGGGGCUACCUCAUUGCAAUGCUUCGCUGCUGCUUGCGGCCAGCACCGGGCACGCAGGACGAGGACGCUGCCACCACCACAAGGACAGGAUCCUCGAGCCGCUCUCCUCGGCGCAGGGCAGCCCAUGGACAUCAGCACCGGCAGUGGGGGCUGCUCUGGGAGGGGACAUGGUGCUGAUCCCUGCCCCAGGCCACUGCUUACCCAUGCAGGAGCAAAGUCGGCAGCGAUUCCUCGCUUCUCCUCUGCGCCCGGGGUUGGCCAGAGCGCUCCACACUUACUUCCUCCGUUCUGAAGGUAGUUUUGUCCCCACGGAGGGAACGGGAAGGCUGGUGGGUUUCUCUUCUCAAUCCCUUUCUUGUGGGGAGCCUCCCUCGGCCCCAGCAGGAGGUCAGUGGUUUGCCAGGCGGGCGACAGGUCACGGGGCAGGAGACACCCAGCCCCUCACAGUGGGGCUCUCUCCUCCCUCUGUCACCCACAAAGCCCUGCGAGGAGCCGGUGCCCUCGGCUGCUCUCUGGUUUAUCCAUUUGUCAGAUUACACUAGAAGCUGGGAUUCAUUUUUACGGUGGGGCUCUUGCUGCUUCUUCAGCAGCAGGUUUUCUACCCUGCAGGUAGAAUAUGGGCUCCCCCUUCUCUUUCCCUUCCUCUGUGUUGAUGGGCUUUUUUGUUCUUUUCUCUGGAUGGAGAGGAUCUUUCCCUGACAGCCUCCUCCCAGCUCCUGCACCCCCGGGCGCUCCCCAGCCUGGGGCACGGGAUGAUAGUGUGUGAUUAUUUUUUUAAAGGACCACACGAGGUUUUGUCACCUGGGAGAACCACAGAGGGUUCGGUUUCAAUAAAGAGUUCUUUCAAAGA